ACGGCGGACGCGAAAGUCGGCAGUACAGUCCGGAAGAAAAUCCCAAAUAAGUUUUCGAAUAGGGGAAAAUGUUCUUCGGCGGAAGGCAAAGGAAACAUAUUUUCAUUGUGCGGUAAAGAACUGAUAGCGAAAGUGAGAGCGAGGCAGUGAAAGGGAGACCAAACAAGUGCCGAAACGUGCUCGAGUGCCUCCAUCCUUGCGGUUUUUGGUUUUUUGUUCGAGCCGUUCCUCCCCUGCCAGUAUUUAUAUAUAUUUCGUAUACGCAGUGUUGACACGUCGGCGGACGACAGCUUUCGGUUUUUAUUUAUACCCCCUGUUUAGUACUUUUUCCCGUGGCCAGCCGGGCCAAAACUUAUCGCCUUUCCGCUGUUUGCCUCAGUGCCCAACAAUUAUAUUUAACGUUCAGAGUGAGAGUUAAAGAUUAACUUACUGGAAGCCUGUUUGAAAUUAAAUCAUCAAAUUAAAACAUUCGGGAGUGGGAGAACUGAACAGCUCAGUAAAUUAGCGAUGAGCGGAAUAUCGCACAAGGCUUUCUAAGCAGCCAAGUGCUUUUUGGCCAGGCCAUCGGGUAAGGAGCUCAAUUCCGGCGCCGACGGAAAUGGCCGCUUAAGUGGUGCGCAUCCGAACCGGAACCACCGGCAGCAAGUCGAGCACACAACCACCACUCAACUCAUUAACGCCGGCAGCCGUGAAGAUGGCCAACUUGAGCUGGCUGAGCACCACGGCCACCACCACUUCCUCCUCCAUCACCACCAGCCAGCUGCCAUUGGUCAGCACAACCAACUGGAGCCUAACGUCGCCGGGAACUACUAGUGCUAUCCUGGCGGAUGUAGCUGCAUCCGAUGACGACAGGAGCGGCGGAAUCAUUCACAACCAGUUCGUGCAAAUCUUCUUCUACGUCCUGUACGCCACGGUCUUUGUCCUGGGAGUCUUCGGAAAUGUUCUGGUUUGCUACGUGGUUCUAAGGAAUCGGGCCAUGCAGACUGUGACAAAUAUAUUCAUCACGAAUCUGGCCCUGUCGGACAUAUUGCUGUGCGUCCUGGCGGUGCCAUUUACCCCGCUGUACACGUUCAUGGGUCGCUGGGCCUUCGGCAGGAGUUUGUGCCAUCUGGUGUCCUUUGCCCAGGGAUGCAGCAUCUACAUAUCCACGCUGACCCUCACCUCAAUUGCCAUCGACCGGUACUUCGUAAUCAUAUACCCCUUCCAUCCGCGCAUGAAGCUCUCCACCUGCAUCGGGAUCAUAGUGAGCAUCUGGGUGAUAGCCCUGCUGGCCACCGUUCCCUACGGCAUGUACAUGAAGAUGACCAACGAGCUGGUGAACGGAACGCAGACUGGCAACGAGACCCUGGUGGAGGCCACUCUAAUGCUAAACGGCAGCUUUGUGGCCCAGGGAUCGGGAUUCGUCGAGGCGCCGGACGCCACCUCGGCAACACAGGCUUAUAUGCAGGUGAUGACCGCCGGUUCGACGGGGCCGGAGAUGCCCUACGUGCGGGUGUACUGUGAGGAGAACUGGCCAUCGGAGCAGUACAGGAAGGUGUUCGGGGCCAUCACCACCACUCUGCAGUUUGUGCUCCCCUUCUUCAUCAUCUCGAUUUGCUAUGUGUGGAUAUCGGUGAAGCUGAACCAGCGGGCCAGGGCCAAGCCGGGAUCGAAAUCCUCGAGGCGGGAGGAGGCGGAUCGGGAUCGCAAGAAGCGCACCAACCGCAUGCUCAUCGCCAUGGUGGCGGUAUUCGGACUCAGCUGGCUACCCAUCAAUGUGGUCAACAUAUUCGAUGACUUCGACGACAAGUCCAACGAGUGGCGCUUCUACAUCCUCUUCUUCUUCGUGGCCCACUCGAUUGCCAUGAGCUCCACCUGCUACAAUCCCUUCCUGUACGCCUGGCUGAACGAGAACUUCCGCAAGGAGUUCAAGCACGUGCUGCCCUGCUUUAAUCCCUCGAACAACAACAUCAUCAACAUCACCAGGGGCUACAAUCGGAGUGAUCGGAACACCUGUGGUCCGCGAUUGCAUCAUGGCAAGGGGGAUGGUGGACUGGGCGGUGGCAGUCUGGACGCCGACGACCAGGACGAGAAUGGCAUCACCCAGGAGACGUGUCUGCCCAAGGAGAAGCUGCUGAUUAUCCCGAGGGAGCCGACCUACGGCAAUGGCACGGGUGCAGUGUCGCCAAUCCUCAGUGGACGCGGCAUUAACGCCGCCCUGGUACACGGUGGAGACCACCAGAUGCACCAGCUGCAGCCGUCACACCAUCAACAAGUGGAGUUGUCGAGGCGGAUCCGCAGGCGGACGGACGAGACGGACGGAGAUUACCUGGACUCCGGCGACGAGCAGACCGUGGAGGUGCGCUUCAGCGAGACGCCGUUCGUCAGCACGGAUAACACCACCGGGAUCAGCAUUCUCGAGACGAGUACGAGUCACUGCCAGGACUCGGAUGUGAUGGUUGAGCUCGGCGAGGAAAUCGCUGCAGGUGGUGGGGGAGAGCUGGGGAGACGGUUCAACUGAGAUAGGAUUUUCGAAACGCAUUUCUAAGCAACCGACGUGGACGGACUCUUAUUGAAUUGUGCUAGUAAUUCACGCCAAAAUAAUGCAGGGAAAUGCCAGCUGGAUUUCGGAUGUCCUAUUGUAAACCGCACUCAACAUGGAUGGGCAGAAAAAUGCUGAUAAAUGGCAAAUCAAGUGACAACGAUGCCGAAAGGGAGGUUGUCUAGCAAUUGGCUGAAACAGCUACACAAGUCAUUGAUAUAAGAUGUGUGUACAUAUAGUAUAUAUAUUUAUAUAUAUUUUAUGGGUGGAGUGGUCUGUGAGUGGGUGUGUUAAUGGAGUGUGCCGAGGGCAGAACUGCCGCUUUAUACAGCUAUUUUUUGCCGAAUUUUCCGCCGCCAUUCAAGCCGCGACAAUUGCUGGGCCAUUUCGCAUAUUUACAAUGCCUCGCAGGGUGAUUCCAACCGCUCCCCGAAGAACAGUUUGCCUUUGUCGCUUUCAAUUUGUACCUACCAACUGUCAGACACUUGUCGUUUUGGUCUGGCUUUCGCCAGUCACACGGAAUUAAAUUUCGAGCGAGCUCUUUUAUCCCCAACUGUGUGAAAAUAUGUCAGCUACAACUCGUUUUUCUGGGCUCCGCAUCCGCAGAGCAGAAGAACAAUAAUUUACCCGACUUCGAAAUGCAAACAUUCCCACGGCCGAUGGAGCACUAUAAGGCAAAAAAGCUGAAGCGAGUAAGCUGACAUUGAUGAGAUUUGCACCAAGUCGUUGAAUUUGCGAGUUUUGAACUUGACUGACAGUUGGCAUUGGCCAAAAUGCCGCCUGCAGGCAUUACACGGAAAUCGAACUGAAAACGAAUUAAAUCCUAUCCCUUAAUGCACAAUUUGUCACAGAAACCAUUGGGCACAGUUGAAUACUUUUUGAGUCGUUUUAAACAUGUUCCAUGUCAUGCGUUGGAUUUUUCCUAUAUGUAUGUUCCGAACAGUCUUGCGUUAUUUUUCCUACUUUUCCCUUAAAUUCCGGCGAUUUCAGUGGUGCUAUAUCCAUAUAUAAAGCAUCAGGAGUGACACAGUAACUUUAACUGCUGGCAGUCGAGCGAAAAAAACAGUUGUAUCACGAAAUAUUUCGUAGCAAAUAUAAUGUGUCAGGUCUAAGACAGCCAUUCACUUAUUUAUAAGCUGCUCGACAUGCUUGUAAAGUAUUUCAGAGCAUAGGUAAAAUUUAAGAAUUAUAGUAUUUAUUUAUGUAUAUGUAUUUAAAUGUAAGAUUAUCGACUAAGCGCAUCAAAUGCUAGAAGUAAAGGGAAUAUGAAAAUGAGUGGUCAAAAAUAUGGAGAUACUAAACCAAAAGUUCGCAAAGUUGUGCUGACCAUGAGCCCCGCUUUUGAAAGUUUAAGUCUGGCUUUCAAAAACAAGUCACAUGAUUUGGUGUACUUUUGGUUUUUUCCGAUUUGAUCACAUAUUUCUACUGCGUAUACGUAAUUAUAGUUAAUGUUAGUCGGCGUUUAAAUGAACAAUGUUAACUGAUAAGAUGUUUCGGAAUACUCAAUGAUUGUUCGAUAACCUAAAGUUAAUUUAAACUGGCAUUCAAGCACGAAAGGGUCUCAUGAAAGUAAUAAGAGUUUUCUAUAAAAAUCGAUAAUGUAAACAAAAUUUGAUGAGUUAUUAGCUACAAUUUAAUGUUGGCUGUUGUAUCAAUGUAUUAUGAACGAAUAGGAUAAGUCAUUGAAACUUGUAAUGACAUUUUAAUAGAUAAAGAAAGAGUUAUUAUAUCCGUAGGCCUAAGAAAAUAUUAUAAAUAUUUUAAACAAGAUCAUACAACUUAGUAUUAACGAAAAUUGAAACUCAACUUAAGUUAGUACCUAAGUCAUUUUAAAAUGCGUUUUAAGCUAGGAAGGGAAAGCAUUUAAAUUAUUGAAUGUGAGUACGAAUAUCUUAAGCUAAAUGUUGUUAAUUCAACACCCACUAGUUAAGGGUUGUGUUUGUAGAGCGUAAAUGUUAAACAGGAAAAAGUACACAAUUGGAAACUAAAUUAAAUUGAUCCAUAUGAAACUUUAAACAAUAUAGAAGCUUCACUAAAGUCGCAUGUUAAAGAAAUAUUUAUGUAAUAUAAAGGAGACACAGCUGAGUAUUAAUCUUAAAGUAAAAACUGUACUUGUAGCCGAAAAAGAUGUUUUAAAAUACGGAUU